GGGGUCUUAAAAUUCACGGAUAAAACGAAGGAAGGUAACAGGGUAGGUGAUGUUGCUCAGUCAUGCCAAUGGCCGUUCUUUGCACACUACCUGCAAACCUUCACUUCAGUAGAAUGACCAUAAUGCCCCGCUCUGUUAUCACCAGGGAGCACAGAAUGCGGGUCCCGUACGAACUGAAGGAAGGGCAGUCUCGUCUUUUCCACAAGCUCCCUUCUGGUUUGGACAUGGAGGUUAUCUUCCAGAAGGGUCUCCGCUACUACAGAAGAAACCCAAAUGAGAGAAGAGACAGAUCUGAAAACCCACCUUUAGUUUUCAUCCAUGGAAGCUUUCACGCAGCGUGGUGUUGGGCUGAACACUGGUUGCCCUUCUUUUCACAGAAUGGGUAUGAUUGCUAUGCUCUCAGCUUGCUGGCUCAGGGUGAAAGUGAUGCACCUGCUGGUCCAGUUGCAGGUUCACUUCAGACACACGCAGCAGAUGUUGCUGACUUCAUCAGGAAAGAAGUAACGUUGCCACCAGUGUUGCUUGGACAUUCAUUUGGAGGUCUUAUUGUUCAGUAUUACAUCGCCAAUAUAAGGAGUGAACAAAUUUUAGAAACAAAAAGCUUGCACCCAGAUCUUGCUGGAGCUGUGCUUAUUUGUUCUGUGCCCCCUUCGGGUAAUAGUGGAUUAGUGUGGCGGUACCUCUUUUCCAAGCCUAUUGCUGCUUUUAAGGUGACACGUAGCUUGGCAGCCAAAGGUUUCCAAACUUCACUGCCUCUUUGUAAGGAAACAUUUUUCUCUGCAGAAAUGGAGGAUCAUCUGGUUCUACGUUACCAAAAGCUAAUGACAGAAAGUUCAAGGAUGCCAUUGUUCGAUCUAAGGAAGCUUAAUGCAUCUCUUCCUGUUCCUUCAGUACCAAACGCUUCCAUUGAAGUUCUUGUGCUUGGAGCAAAUCAGGACUUCAUAGUGGAUGCUGAAGGGCUCAGCGAAACGGGCAAGUUUUAUGGUGUGUCGCCUGUCUGCGUUGAAGGGAAUGUUGGCCACGACCUGAUGCUGGAUUGUUCAUGGGAGAAGGGUGCAAGAGUGAUCUUGUCUUGGCUGAGUGGUUUGAAUCGACAAUAGACAGUAGUGGUUUGAAUAGACAGUAGAGAAGAAAGAAGCAUUGCCCAGACAGCUUAUAGACAUCAUAAUAUUCCUCAAAAGGCUCAAUUGUAUCACUUGUUUCGUGAAGUUGGUCAGUUCAAGGGUAGGACAAAAGUGAGAUUAUCCCAAUCAUUUGUUGAAGUGGUUCCUAAAAACCAGAAUAGUACUGCUGCUAAUUUAUAUCAGUAUAAGUUUUUGUCAA